AUGUGCCGGUUCGUGAUCUACAAGGGGACUGCGCCCGUCCAGCUCUCCCACCUCCUCACGCGUCCUUGCCAUUCCAUCAUAAAUCAAGCCUUCGACUCUCGUUUGCGUCUCGAUCACCGGAGGCCCAUCAACGGAGAUGGCUUUGGCGUCGGCUGGUAUGACUCAAUAUACGACGAGGAGCUGGGUAGCCAACCGUGCAUCUUCACCUCCGUUACGCCGGCAUGGAACAACGUAAACCUCGUCCGCCUUGCCGAGAAGAUCAAAUCUCCUCUGGUCUUUGCCCAUGUCCGCGCGACCACUGCUGGUACACUCAGCCUAGACAACUGCCAUCCAUGGUCGUACGGCAAGCUUAUGUUCAUGCACAACGGCGGCAUUGCGGAAUUCCCUAAAAUCAAGCGCGCUCUUCAGACGGCAGUUCCGGACGAUUUGUUCAACAUGGUCACCGGGAACACAGAUUCGCAGUGGGCAUUCGCUCUCCUCCUUUCGAAGCUUCCCGACCCCCAAGCAAGAAGCUUCACGCCGGCAGUCCUUCAGAAGGCCAUGCUGGAAACCAUUGCACACAUCAACCGGUUGUUGGACGAGCACGACGUCACGGAGCCCAGUUUGAUGAACUUUUGUGUCACCGAUGGAGAGACCGUUGUUGCCACUCGCUAUAUUACUUCGCGAACUGAGGAGGCAGCUUCUUUGUGGUUUUCUUCGGGUAGCACCUUCAGCGAGUACGCUGCGGGUGGCCACUACAAGAUGUCCAAGACGGACAAGCGUGAAAACAUCAUCAUGGUUGCUAGCGAACCGCUCACAUUCGAGAAAGCGGACUGGAUGGAAAUCCGGACCAACCAUAUGGUGGUCAUCACGCCGAAGAUGAACCUGCUCCAGAUUCCGAUUGUAGACAGAUUCUACGUCCCUCAGUCAGAUCCUGCCGCACUCAGCAGAGGCACCGACUUCGCUGCGGCGAAGGGGUUCUUGAGCGCACGACGAGACGUCGCUCGGCCCCUGGAGUCCAUCGAGAACCACUUGUAGUUCUUCCCGUCUACCUUUUCGACCACCUUGACCUAUCUUCUGGGACAUUUUCAUCUAGGAUAUCUGUAACAUAUAGCUGUAUACUUGUUAAUGUCCCGCCGCAUAUACACACUUUAUCGUAGUCGUUU